AUGGAAUAUAUGCAAAGCUCGAACUUUUUGAAACUAAAAAGGAAGACCAAUCAAGUUGUGAGUGAUGAAGAACUCGACGAUGAGCUUUAUAAUAAAACCAAAAGACAUAGAGGUAGUGAGGUAAAAAUGGCGGAGUAUGAUUCAGAUUCUAGUGUCGAGGACUCUUCGGAUGACGAAAAUGGUGAGAAAGAGUUGAAUAUGAAGGCCAAUGUGAAGAAUGAGAAAGAAAGUGAAGAUAUGUUUCUGUCAGAUGUUGACGAUGUUGGUGCCCAAGGCCAUAAGAAGCAUGAAAAGUCAAAGAUCCAACUUUUGGAUAUUGCAGAGUUUAGAAAGGAAAAUCUGGUUGACCUGGACGUUACGGUUGAUAACGGCAAAGUGCAAGAAGAAGAAAAAAUUGUGGAUAUAGAGCCAUUCAAUAUCGAUGAUGAAGUGCAACACGGUGUAUUUGACAAAGAUGGCAAUUACAUAAAAGCAGAGGACAAUGCAGAUGAUGAACCGCAAGACAACGAAGAAUGGAUGAACGACGUCAUAGAUGCAGAACAAGCAAACAGACUUGAAAGGAAACAAAAUACAAGGGUUCAGAAUUCAAGACACUAUAUGGUACAUGAGGCAUUAGUUAUUUUCAAGUUUUUUCUUACUGAUGAUAAAGAAACAGCGCUAGAAGCCCUGGCAAGGUUAAACAAACUGCGAAAAAUAGCCAUCUCCAAAAAGAGUGAUUCAGUAAAAUACAUCAUCCACGGGAUCGAACUGUUGUCCGACUUGGCCAACAUACUGGAAAAUAAAGGAUUCAACGGAAUUUACGAAUAUAAUCGUAAGAAAAUUCAGGAUGCCAUUGAAGAGGAGUUGUUCGAUGAUGCCUCUGCGAUAAAUAACCAGAAGACAAAACUAUGGAGUUUUAGAUGGUUGAAUAAACCUGGUCAAACUCUCGGACAAUUCACGAAUUAUGAAAUGUCGUACUGGCAAAACACCUACUUCCAAAACAACGUCAUUGUGAAAUUUCGCGAAGAAUUGGAUCAAGAUGAAAACUGGAUACAUGUAUCAUGUCUGAAAUUUAUGUAA